AUGGCUUCUUCUUCUUCUUCUUCUUCUUCUUCAAAUCUGAAAAGGUAUUACCAUGUGUUCCUGAGCUUCAGAGGCAUGGAUGUCCGUGACACCUUUCUCGGUCAUCUCUGUGCGGGUCUCGAUCAAAGCGGAAUACACACUUUCAUGGACAACAGGGAGCUCAGGAAAGGAGAGCAAAUAUCCCCGGUUCUUAUGAAAGCGAUUGAGGAAUCGCGCAUCGCGGUUAUCGUUUUCACCAAGAACUACGCUUCCUCACCAUGGUGCUUGGAAGAGUUAGCCAAAAUUAUGGAGUGCAAGGAGCAAAGAGACCUUGAGGUCUUUCCCGUGUUUUACAAAGUGGAACCCAGAGAAGUGAGAACACCAAGAAAGAGUUAUAGAAAAGCCAUGGCUACGCAUGAGUCCAAGUCUGGCAAGGAUUCGGGGAAAGUGAAGAGAUGGAAGAAGGCUCUCCUCGAUGCUGUGCUUAUCGGAGGUGAAGCGGAGCUCAUACAACGCAUCGUAGAGGAACUAUCAAUUCAUCUCCAGCGUGCACCCUUACAAGUCGCUCCGUAUCCGGUCGGAAUAGAUUCCCAAGUCCAGCAAGUGAUAUCAUUGUCAGAAAAUGAGACGGGUGAUGAUGAUGUUCGCAUGGUAGGUCUAUGGGGACCUGGAGGCAUAGGGAAGACCACAAUUGCUAAAGCCCUAUAUAAUUAUAUUGAGAAAGAUUUUCAGGGUACCUGUUUUUUGGAGCAAGUAAGAGAAACUUCGAACAAAAGCAAUGGUCUAGUUUCUUUGCAACAAAAACUUCUAUCACAGAUCUUUCCUCGUGGAAACUGGAUGGUAGAUAUUGUGGACGGAGGAAUUCCUUUGAUACGGGAAAGACUUUGUUGCAAGAAGGUUCUUCUGGUUCUUGAUGAUGUGGACCAGUUGGAUCAACCGAAUGCGUUAGCUGGAGAAGGCCGUUGGUUUGGCAAAGGAAGUAGAAUUAUUGUUACAUCAAGAGAUAAACAUGUGUUGACUUCUCAUGGCAUAAAUUGUGUUUAUGAAGUUAAAACUUUAUAUGAUGAUGACGCACAGGACCUUUUUGGUCGGUAUGCCUUCAAAAAUAGCAAGAAAGUUGAGAUAAGAAGGGAUCUCAUAGAUAGAGCAGUGCAUUAUGCGAAAGGUCUUCCGUUAGCCCUCCGAGUGUUCGGCUCAUUCUUAUGUGGAAGAGAGGAACCUGCAUGGGAAAGUGCACUGCACAACCUCUCCAAAAGUCCCGACCAGACAAUCAAUCAAGUUCUCAAGAUAAGCUUUGAUGGAUUGGACCACAAUACGAAGGAGAUUUUCCUCGAUAUUGCUUGCUUCUUUAAGGGGAAAGGUAUAGAAUACAUCAAGGAAGUCCUUGACGGCUGCGGUUUUGAAUCAACUAUAGGAAUAGAAGUUCUCAUUGAGCGGUCCUUGAUAACAAAUAAGCAUGGGACCCCGCAAAUGCAUGAUUUAAUUCAGUUGAUGGGUAAGGAUAUUGUUAAUCAAGAAUGCCCCGAUGAUCCUGGGAAACGCAGUAGAUUAUGGAUUUUUGAAGAUGUCGUGGAAAUUCUAUGUGAAGACACGGGAACGAGAGCAGUAAAGGCCAUAGUAUUGGACUCACCCGAAAAAAAGGAGAUAACUAUUAGUCCUCGUGCUUUUGCAAACUUGAAAAGGUUGAGAAUGGUUAUUUUGUCCAGAGUGCAUAUCUCUUCACAAGGUCCUGUUCGUCUCCCUAACGAGCUAAGAUGGCUUAAAUGGCCCAAUGCACCGGAUCUAGAAUUUGGCUGUGGUCCAAAGAAACUUGUUGUAAUUGAUGUCCCGCGAAGUCAUAUCAAACAAUUAGGAGGCAAAAUUAUGGUAAGCCCUUGUGAUGAUUGGAAUUCUAAAAAUUUGACGUCCAUGAAUUUCGGUGGAUGUGAGUCCCUGGCUAGUGUUCCGGACCUAUCAUCGGUUCCAAAUCUGGAGAGCUUGAAUCUUAACGGGUGCAAAAGCUUGGUGGAGGUUCACCAAUCCGUCGGGUAUCUUGACAAGUUAAAAUUUUUGUUGCUAAAGAGGUGCUCUAAUCUUAGAAUCUUUCCCAACAAACUCAAGACAAAAUCUCUUCAAACCUUUAGUCUCUCUGGUUGCUCUAAACUUGAGGAGUUCCCCGAUAUUCUAGGAAAGAUGGAACAUCUAGAAAAUCUUCAAGCGCAAGGGACGGCUAUUAGAGAACUCCCGACAUCAAUUGAAAAUCUUGUCUCUGUGAAGUGGAUGAAGUUAGGCAAUUGCAAAAACCUUGCGAGGCUUCCGUCGAGUAUUUAUAAGUUGCCGAAUCUCGAGUGUUUAUGGCUUGGAGGCUGCUCGAAUUUGGUCACGUUCCCAAAGAACUUGGAGGAUUCAACCGACCACGAUGGCCAUUUAGGAUUUCCAAAUCUAGAGAUACUAGGACUCGAUGGCUGCAAUCUAUCAGAAGUAGACUUCCUUGAGAGCUCUUCCGGUUUUCCCAAAUUGCAUACCCUAGAACUUCCAAAAAACAAGUUUACUCAUCUACCAACAUCCAUAAAAAAAUACCUUGCUUUAGAUUGGUUGGAUGUGGGGGAAUGCCAGCACCUACAAGAGAUUCCUCAGCUUCCAUCAACUAUGCAUGUCCUAAGAGCAGAUGGUUGCAAAUCCCUACAAAAACUCCCAGAUUUGUCGAGUCUCUCGUCCGACUUCCUUGAGGUCGACCUGUCUUCAUGUGGUGAAUUAUUCCGCAAGGGGGUCAAGAUGGCUGAUGUAUCAUUACUCGAGGGACUCCGGAAGAUGAGUUCAGUCAACAUUCUCCUAAAUGGAACAGAGUUGCCAGAGUGGUUUCUCCACUCUGAAGGGGUUCCCAUAUCUUUCAAGGUUCCCCAGGACUUGUAUGACAAGUUCUUAGGACUAGCACUCUGUGUUGUUCUUGGCCCGGAAGAAGGAAAAGGGUUUAAUGCUUUAUGUGAUGUCCUCAUACGUAUAAAUGGCCAAAAAGUGUUUAAUCAAAUGACAAACUUGUAUGCAUUGGAAUCCGAUCACGUGUGGCUUAAGUAUCUUGAGCGCGAUAUGCUGGGGGAAGUAGGCAAGCUUCUGGUCAACGAUUGGAGCCAUUUCGAAGUUAUCAUCAGAGUAGAGGGAGGACGCUUAAAGAAGUGUGGAUUCCGUCUAAUAUGUGAGCAACAGGAGGAUGACCUGAGGGUCGUGCUCCAACCCCAUGUGCCGAUAUAUUGGAUUUUUUGA